AUGAUGUCAGUACAAACUCCUCCUCUCUCCCGCUCUGGCUCCUCCCCCUCUAACGUGGGUCUGGCCAAUCGCAGCGGCCCCUCCACCACCCCUCCCACCUCCCUCAGCCUUCGCUCGUCAUACAACCAGUUGCUUGGGCGAGAUGUCAUCAAGGAGUCCAUGGAAACUGGAAGUUCGGCCACCUUGCCAAAGAGCCGUCAGAGGUACGCAAUGACCAGUGUGCGGAGCGCCAUGGGGAUAAGUGACAACUUGGCUUUGUCUUCUAAAAACCAACCUGUGACCAGAGGGAGGGGUCUCCCCACCAAGUCCUCCUCCAGUUCUGCCCUCUACUCCUCCUCGUCCUCCUCCUCGCUGUUUAAUACAAACAACCCCAAACUGGCCAAGAAUGGGGCCAACAUGCAGAGACGAGCUGAGAGUCAGCAGCUGGAGCUAAGCAGGGCCAAUACAGAGGGCAAAAUUCACAAUGAUCCGAUCAAUAACCCCAGUUCUGACUGGCUACAGUUUGGAAAAGACAACUCACAGCUGCCCCCGUUCCGUAGAAGGACCAAGAGCUUCUUGGAGUAUCAUGGGAAGGGCUGGGAUCUGGACCUCAGUUGGGGCAACAAAGAUGACAAGGAGGAGAAGAAGCAGCAUCCUCCCCCAGAGAAGGAGCAGAGCAGCCCUGCCAAGGAGAGGGAGAGCCAGAAGGAGGAGAAGUCCAGCAGCAAGCAGACCUGCCAGGAAGAGAAGGAAGAGGUGGAGCCAGUGGUGGAGGAGGUGGAAGAGGAAGAUGACCCCACACCUACACCAAGGCAGCCCCUUCUACCAGUGGUGGUGGAAGCUCCGCUGUCCCCCACAUCCUCCUCCUCCUCCACCAACAGCCCAGAGUGGGUCCCAGACCACCAGAACCCCCACCAAAACCAGGCUCCAGUCCAGGUCAGAGAGGAGCUCUGUGCCCAGGUUCAGGCUAGUCCACGCAGCCCUGCAAAGCCCCCCAGAAGCUCCCAGCCCCGGGUAAUCAAGGUUGAGCUGCACCCCAACAACGAGAACCAGUUCCUGCAACAGUACCCGCCUUCUUCCCCUAAACAGGCCAGGGCUGCAGAAAGGAACACCCCAACCAGGAACCGGGCACCCCCUGCCCUGCCAGAUCCUGAAGCAGUGAUGGGGCUCCCUAAAGUGGGCUUAAGAAUGGAUCUGACUCCUGAAACUCCAUCAGAGGAUGAAGACUCCAGUUGGACCACCCUGUCCCAGGAGACGCCCUCUCCUCAGACUCCACGGGAGACAGCGGAUGUAUGGAGUGAGGGGGACCUGCCCCCCGGCUGGCGGGAGAUCUCAGACUCAUCAGAGGUCUAUUUCUGGCACAUCCCCACGGGCACCACACAGUACCACCGACCUGUUGCCUCCGGCAACCAACACACCUCUCCCAACAAUGAGCCAGACACUCAGCACGACCCACAACAGGAAAUGCAGGACUCCCUCAAGCCACCAAACGAGCGCCCCAGCAGUCUGAUAUCUGACAGUUCGGUAGAGCCGGUCCCGUCCCCCUCUGGCUCCUCCUCCUCCUCCUCCUCCUCCACCCCCUACGAUGAUGUCACCUCUUCUGGACCAAAUCUCAACACCACCACCUGCACAGCCAACGAGCUGAAGGACUAUCCAGUCUAUCCAGAUCCCAGUCUGAAGGCAUUUGAAGGGGCUACCCUCCGCUAUGCCUCACUUAAACUCAACGCCCCAGCCCAGCUAGAGACAGUGGACCUCAACAAUACCUUCUCCGAUCCAGAGGGAAUGUCAUUUCCAGUGCGAUCUCUGGGCUGGGUGGAGAUGGCAGAACAGGACCUGUGUGAGGGGAGGAGCAGCGUGGCCGUCCACCACUGUAUCAGACAGCUGUCCUACUGCAGGAGGGACAUACGGGACUCAGCCGGUGUCUGGGGAGAGGGUAAAGGGAUGCUGCUGGUGCUCCAAGACCGCAUGUUGACCCUCGUUGACCCAGAUGAUCGCAGCCUGCUCCACUCUCAGCCAAUCAGUAGCAUCCGUGUCUGGGGCGUCGGCCGAGACCAUGACAGAGAAAGGGACUUUGCCUAUGUGGCGAGAGACAAAAACACGCGGGUGCUGAAGUGCCACGUGUUCCGAUGUGAUACCCCUGCCGCAGCCAUCGCCACAAGUCUCCACGAAAUCUGCUCCAAGAUUAUGGCUGAAAGAAAAAGUGCCAAGGCUGCAGCUAGCAGCUCCUCCCAGACCGGCUCUGAUGUACCCCUACAAGAGUUUCCCAUGCCAAAGACUGAGUUGGUGCAGAAGUUCCAUGUGCUGUAUCUGGGCAUGACGUCUGUGUCUCGCCCCAUAGGUAUGGACAUCAUCAAUGGAGCCGUAGAGAAUCUCCUGUCCUCCACAGGCAAAGAGGACUGGACUCCUGUCAUACUGAGUAUUGCUGACACCACACUGGCUGUCAUCAAAGAAAAGGAAGAGGAAGAGGAGGUGUUGGUGGAGUGUCGAGUCCGCUUCUUGUCCUUCAUGGGCGUGGGACGAGACGUGCACUCAUUUGCCUUCAUUAUGGACACUGGGAGCCAGCAUUUCCAGUGCCAUGUUUUCUGGUGCGACCCCAACGCAGGCAGUGUCUCUGAGGCUGUGCAGGCAGCAUGCGUGCUGCGGUAUCAAAAGUGUCUGGUGGCACGACCGCCCUCCCAACGCGCUGGCUCCUCAUCCUCGCCCUCUGCGGACACGGUGACACGCCGAGUGACCACCAGCGUGAAGCGUGGCGUCCAGUCUCUCAUAGACACUCUGAAACCCAAGAAACAGCCAUCGGAACUCCCCCAGCAAUGACCGUCACCAGUGACCACGACACCCUCCCAGCCGACACCUCACACACGAUCGCCACGGCAACACCUAGUCAGUACCAGCCAUGGUAACCAAACGAUGUACAUACAUGUUAACAAACACCACCGCAGAUGAAGGAAAGAAGAACGAUCCUCCAGUAAGCCUGAUGAUAAUGAAAAACUAUGACAAGAAAACAGAUCUGUUUCAUGAGGAGGAAUGGAAAAGCUGGAAGUCACUGGUUGAACUUUGACCUUUGAACGCUGCUGUGUCCAAGUGGAAACCACCUGCUGGCUUCACUGGCCCUUACUUUAUGUGGAUUUAUGGGACUGGAUAAAUUAUUUGAUGAAGCAGACAGGACACAGGACAACCCAGAAGAAAAAGAUCACAUUUCUAUUAAUAGCCUGGUCUAUGGAACCACUCACUGGUUUACUCCCAUUGUCUUUCAUGCUCUGUCCCUUCCUGUUAAAACAGUCAUCAGCACAGUGAGAGCGCCUGGACUGGACGCCUGAAACGCCAAGCUAUGGACGCCUUCCAGGACAGACAAGGUGUCAACUUGCUGUCAUGGCAUUUUAACAGAUGAAUAAGAAAAAGAAGAAAAAAACAAGACCAGACAGACAAGACCUGCCAACACGCUCCCUCCCACCAAAUGGCAUACAAAUAUUUUGAUCCCUUCGAUGUGUGUUAAGACUUGAAACUAACAAAAAAUUCAACAUCUCCUUCGAGGAUGAAUGAAUGAAGUGACUGUAUUGAUGAUGUGUAUGUAAAUGACUGUACGUAGGAAGAGAGACUUUAGGGCACAGCAAAUUGUAGAUAUAAGGGUGAGAUGAAGUGUUGGCGACAAACGAGACAGAUGUGUUGAUUUUGCAUGUUUUCUUGAUGGGAAGUGUUUUAUGUUGACGAGUUUAAAAAGGGUCUCAGUACUUAGCACAAGUCAUCUCCACCUUACCAGGACUGGAUUUACACUGGCACAAAGAUCUGGCCUAUUUCGGACCCACAGCUGAAUAAAAGGUUAUUCCCUGCCCCAUUUACAGAAUCACAAUUUAGUCAAUCAAUGUAUUUUUAAUUCCAUUCCUUGAUGUGUCGAUCAGCAAAAGAAAGAUAACCGUUUUUAAAGUAUUUAGAAGCUUUUAAUUAGUUAAGAUUGUAAUUUGUUAGCAUAUAUCAUAAAGAAACUGAGUUUAAAAGCUCAAGAAUGUUACGUUGCUUAUGUUCAGACUUAAUAACAAUUUCCUCAGGAAUCUUUAUGCAUACACCCAAGAUUUAUGUGGCAGCAAGAAAGAUGGCAGAUGUGAGGCACUCGUGGCUUUCUGAACACUGGUGCACAAUAGUGUUUCCCCUGCUUGGACAACAUGGAAAGAUCAAAUAUGUGCCACACAGUAAGGCUUAACUAUAUGUUCUCUUCAUCAGUAAAUCCAGCCAGUCUACUCCCACAUUCUCUCACACACACACAUUCUCUCACACACACACACUCUCUAAAUAAAAGUCUGCUGUCACUGCUAUCAAAACCUUGAUACUGCUCCUACGGCUCGUGGCCAGUACCUGCACUCCACAUAAACUCUAUGAAUGCAGUCCGAUCGAAAUGAAAAAGACACACACAAAAAAAAAUACAAGAAAGAUGCUGUAAAUCAUUUCAGUUCUGUUCUUCACUCAUCUCUACACCAUGUGAAUGUAAUCUGUUGUGACAAUAAAUGCAUUACCAAAAGA